UGUCAUUCUACGAGAAAACCAGGCAAAUUGAAGGAAUAUCAAUUCCUGGGGUAUUUUAUUUUAUCUCGAAAUAUAUAAAAAACUAAUAUAUAUUUGUGUUUAAAUAAAAAAAAAAAAAAAAAAAAUUUAAAUAUCGACCUCAUUUUUUUCAUUGGGUGGUCAAGUAUAACCAUCAUAUUUGGUCCAUUUCUGAUUGCUGAAUUUAGUCCUUUUAGAACCCCCAAAAAUACCUUUUGGGCUUUAAAAUUGGAUUUAAAAAGUAUACAACUACAUCAAGUGUCUUCAGAUUGAUGCAAAAAAUAAAAUUUCUCUCUCAUAGUAAAACCCUCCCUCCCUUGAAAGCAGGUCAAAUAGAGUAAGUCACAUGACCUUUGACAUUGUGAGGUUUUUUUAAAUUAAGACAAAACAAUACAGGACGCUUAUUUUUCUCUAAUUUUGAAUGAAAUAUAAAAUAUAGUUGUUAUAUGAAUUAUUGAUAAUUUUUCUCUCUUGGGUUUUCAGUGUAAAUAUAUUUUUUUGGUGAACAAAAUAACCAAAUUUUCAACAGUUUCCUCACCAGUAUUUUUACUGAUUACCUCCCCUUUGAAACCUUUCCUGUCAUAAUCAAAAUGGCAGCCCCCAUGGAAACACUUGUUGCUAAACAAGAAUGUAGCUUUUCUAGAUCGUUUGAUGCAGUGAAGUGUGAAGGAGAUUGUCAAAUUAUAUAUAAAUUGAGAUGUGAUAUCAGUGACCAUCUUAUUCGUUUUAAAUCCGGUCCAAAAGACAAGCAUGUAUCAAUACCAGAGGGUUUAUUAAUACUGUAUCGUGCUGGUUUAUUUACGGUGGAAAAUGCCACUAUGAAAAUGACAAUAUGUGACUCUCACAGAGACAAACUUAGUACACAAUGGUAUAGAUGUAAGCGAACAUGUGCACAUCCCUUACACCCAAAGACAAGUAAAGAAAAGCCAGAUCGGGGAAUAACACUUGCCAUUGCAAAAGAGAUAUGGGUGCAUGACAGAACCAUCACAGCAGUUGGAGAUGGUUUAUGCAGAAGUUGUGUAGAAAGACACAAGAAAACAUACCUUACAGUUGUAGAUGUACAAAAUGAUAUUGUGGAGUUCCAUAAAGUUGCAAUGAAUUUUCAUGAACAGAAUAUUAAUAGAAGUGAACAGAUGGUACCUUGCAGUCCAUGUUUUUCACCAGCCACAUAUCCAUCAGAAGAUUACGUUGAUGAAAUGAAUCCUGAUGCUGCUGACAUUAAUUCAAGUCUACAGAUUUAUAGUUCUGGUAAAAGAAUACAACUUCAGUGAAGUACAGAGUGGAAAAGACUUGUGUGAUUCUAGAACGGGAACUUGUAGGAUGCAUGUGCUAAAAUUUGCUAAUGAAGGAAAUAAUAUUGAAAAUCCAGCAGAUUUGAAGAGAGCACUAGAGAGUAACAAAGGUGUUAGAAAUACCUUUGUAACACUAGUUGACAUUUCAGUUGAGAACCCACCUGUUUUGAUAGGGACAAUUAAACACUUCAAGAUCAGCAAGAUGUCAAACUUUGUUUUUGAGGAUCAAGGAAUCAGAGUCUAUCAAGCAUUUGGUAUAGGAAGUGGAUAUCUCAUCACAAAUACUAUACUAGAAAAGAUCUCCAGAAACCUCAGUUAUGAUGAGAGUAGGAUAAAGAUUAUAGAAGAGCCCUGUGAACAUGGUGAAGAAACGUUUAAUUUAAGACCAACAAAACUCAAGUUGAAUAAUUCAGUAGAGCAUGGAGAUUUAAGUUGCACAAUUCCUGGGUGUGUCAAGUCGUUUAGAAAACCUUCCACUCUAGAACAACAUCUUGCCAUUGGACAACAUAUUUACCAUGAAAAUGACAAAAUAACUGAUGUUGCCAUGGAAGUUUGGGCAGAGAAGUGCACCCAUGGUACCAAUAUAAACUAUAAUGAACAACAAGAUGAGGAUAAUAUUGUUAUUGGAGCAGAUUUUAUGGAUAUGCCAUCAAACCUUAAGUCUGGGUGGGCCUUAAAAUCAGAAAGGAAAUUUGUGCGUUUCAAGGCUUCAGUUAAGGAUUAUAUCAAACAAAUUUUUGAUGAAGGUGAGAGGACUGGCAAAAAGGCAAAUCCCCUUACUGUAGCAAAUAAAAUUCGAAAUGAAAAAAACGAUGCAGGUGGAAGAUUAUUUGCUCCUGAUGAUUGGGUCUCAGCACAACAGGUUAGAGGUGUAUUUGCAAGCUUACAAUUAAAACUACAGAAACAGAACCCAGAACAUCCAGGAUUAGAAUUGAACUUAAAAACAGAAGUUGAUGAUGACUUGAAUGAAGUUCUAACAGAGUUAGAUGCUAUUGAGACUUUGAACAUUGUUGACUCUGUAACUGAACAAAUAUCUUAGGACCAAUGUGUUCAUUAUGUCUUUAAGGAUUAUGUUUAUUUUUGUUGUUCCAAUGCUAAACAUAUUGAAAUUUAAUAGAAAAUCCACAGCCUUCCUCUUGUACUGUUAUGUCUGACAAUUCUUUGCUUGAUACUAUAAAAGCUGAAAUUUUUGUGGCGGAUUUAAUUUCCUUUAUUUCAAGGAAAGAAUAUAUCCAUGAUAUUAAAUCCCCCACUAACAAGAUCUCUGUAUUAAAGUCUGGAUUUUUUGCAAAAAUUAAUAACUAAUAUUGCAUUAAACAAUGUUUCCCUUUGGUCAUGUUGGUAUAUGUAUAAAAUGGCACAUCUCUAUUAACAUGAUUAAUUAUCAUGAUUAUUAUUUUUGCUGUUAUAAAAUUAUUGCACUUCGAAAAUUUAUUGAGACACCUACUGACAAAGCUAUGGAAGGGGUCAUAAACCUAACCACUUUAAAUUCUUGAGGCCAAUGUGUUCAUUAUGUCUUUAAUCACUAAAGUUUCUAGUUAACAUUCUUGUCUGUCUAUCUUUCUGUCCAUCUUUCAGUCCAAUAAGCUAAGGGCUAGCAUCUCUCAUCCGCAACUCCUCCUAAACAACUGAAUGGCUUUUUCACCUUGACCUCAUUCUAGUAACACUUUAUUUUUGUAUAGGAAUAGCAAAUUUCUAACCCUUCAUAGUGGGGACAAUGUUUGGUACAAACAUGUAUACAUGUAUAAUUUGUUCUAAAAAGUAAUUUCCAUUCUGUUAUUAAGCACUCUUUUGAAUUUAAUUGAUAUAUACACAAGCUUUAAAUCAAAGAUAUCUCCAGCAACUCUUUUUAUAUACAAAGGUACCACUUGAAGUUUAGCAUCUUUAUGACUUGGGCAUUUCCAGUGAUGUAUAAAAAAGUUAAAGAACAUGAACAGUUAUAUGAUUUAUGUAAUGGGUAUUUACUUCACAUUACUAGUCAUGCUGGAUCUCUGAUACUGUCUGCAAUUAACUUUAUAGUAUUGAAGACUUAUUUAAUCACUUUAAAAAAAAUUGUUCUAACAUGUGCUUGAUAAUCAUGAUAAUGUUGCUUGAAAUUGAUGUACAUGUAUUUAAAAAUUUUGUUCUGUUUCUUGUACUUGUAUUUCAUUUAUUUUUAUUUGUUAUUAUUCAUUAAAUCAUAAAAACUUUCAAAA